AUGGGAUUUGAUAUAAGUUCAUUUGUUCCAUUAGUUAUCAUAUUGCUCGUAACGAAUUUUUUGACCAGAAGAUACUUGAAUUCGGGUUUCCAGAAGAAGAUGGUUUCACAGGAUACAAUUAAAAAAGUCAAGGACCUUAUUGCUGAAAAGAAGGUCUUCGUGGCUUCGAAGACGUACUGCCCAUACUGUCAGGCCACCUUGAGGACUUUGUUCGAAGAAUAUAAAGUUCCUAAGGAGAAGUCUGUCGUUUUGCAGUUGGACACCAUUGACGAUGGUGCUGAUAUUCAGGAAGCAUUGAAAGAGAUCAAUGGUCAGAAGACAGUCCCAAAUAUUUAUAUUGAUGGUAAGCACGUUGGUGGUAACAGCGAUCUAGAGGAAUUGAAAUCCUCCGGUAAACUGGAUGCUCUUUUAAAGGAUGUUUUGAACUAG